CGAAAGAUCAAUCUCCACGACUGAUCUAAUUCUGUAGAACACUUGUCGCAUUGUCUUAAUAUCACCAAAAUGGCAAUCACUGAUAAAAUCCACCCGAUUUACAGCCUCUGGUUCCUCUGGGUCGACCCCAUCCUGACUCUCGUCGGGAUGUAUGUCAACUUUGUCGACCACGAUCUCGCUAUGCAGGCCUUCUUCAUAAAUUACCCACCAACAGACCACUUCCGCUGUUUCAUCUACCAGAUCGGCGGCAUGGGCACGUCAUACCUAAUCAUCCUCGUCGUACUACUACGCUACACGCACGACAUCAACAUCUGGAAGAUAGUGCAGCUAGCUAUCUUACCAGCUGACUUCACCAUGCUCACGGCUAUAUACAUCGGCAUGCGCAUCUCGGGUAAUUUAGCGCUUGCGGAUUGGCGCUCGGAAGAUUGGUUUAGUAUUGUUGUUACGGGUAUCUGCACUGUUCUCAGAAUCGCGUUUGUUCUGGGCGUUGGGGUCAGGGAUACGAGGGGGAGAGCCAAGAGGGCUUAGUUCAGCCAAGAAGGCACAGCCGGUAGGGCUGAGGAGAUGAGAUUUUGGUGGCGGACGGGAUGAGAUGGCUAAAUUCGUUUCGUGGGUUGGGUUAGCAAGCUCAAACUUGAGGCUCUGCUUGCGCCGCAAACUCACGAUGACCUCAAGACGCCAGUCCCUGGAUCGGAAGAGUUUUCCAGUGUCGUAUCGUAAUGUACAGAACCCCACUAUUGACUGAAUUUUCUCUCUGCUACUGUCUCAUUCUUCCGCCGUGGAAAAAUGGAAUCAAUGCUGUUUUCUGGUUUGAUUACAAGUGGAGACUCGUUAAUUCCUAAAGCGGUAUAAAUCCCAACUCUUCGAUGCCCAAGCAGGAAUUUCACGCGGAUCCGCAGAGUUCAUGACUCGAUUUCUCUCCUGGCAAUCGAGUGCAAAUGUGAUCACCACUUUGAGUUCUCUUAAACGUCUGCCUGAUAAUCCCUGCCAUUGCAAAAAUUGGGGUUUUGUUCUGUGGAGGAAUUCGGCCCUUUACCCAGAAUCGCGGGGGUCAUAGCGCCCCCGUGAUAUCCUCGUUCUACCCAAAUCGCGUUGUCUACC